GCACAAACACACACACACUCACACAAAUGCGCGCGCGUACCUCUGGUUACAUUCACACAAAGAGCCAUUGAGGUCAUCAAUUACGUGUGUGAGGACCAUGAAGGGCCGCUUGUGUCGUUCAGUAAUCAAUUAUGGCGGAAAGGCGCCGGGCAGCACCUGUCUCGGACAACGAAGUAUCACCGGAGAGUCUUCGCACCUACAAAUCCAAAAGACAUGCUAAUAAUACCAAAGAGAAAAGCUUCUUCGAUACCCACUUGAAGAGGAAAUUCUUACUAGGGGUCCUCAUCGUUUCUCUGUUGUUGUUUUUCUGCUUCGCUUUGUGGAAUACCUUUUUUUCAGACUUUGAUCAGGACUCGGACGGCGUAAAACGUUCGUCCGGUUCCCAUUCGCAACCCCUAAAUUACAGGACCGGUUCCGGUAAUUUAAAAGGGUUUCGGGAUAUUAAAGACCAGAUCAACAUCGUACUCACUUUCACAAAUAUCGAAAAAAACCCGCGCUUGAGAGAAAAGUUGAAGAUCUGCGUGGAUUCAAUUUUGAAACACACUUCAAGUAAACUGGUUAUUUUCCUCAUCGGGGAUCGUUUCAGCCAAAUUGUGGCAGGAGAAAUCAUCGAUGGUGCUGCUCUUGCUGCCAAUUCCAGGAUCAGGUAUCAAUUGAUAUCUGUAGAUAUUGAAAGUCUCACUCGGACGCUUAAUGGAAUUUUGGGAAACAUACGAUCUCAUUUCAUUUCUAAGCCUGGGGAUUAUUACAGCGAUGAUCUUUUUUUCGUCUCAAUGGCCAUGCAUCGAGUGAUGCCCACUCUGCUACACAAGGUAAUUAUGAUGGACAUUGACACCAAACUACAGGCGGAUGUGGCCCAACUCUUUGGACACUUUGACCACUUCGCCAAAGACCAUGUCAUUGGGAUUGCGCACGAACUCCAACCGGUCUAUCGGCACAUUCUUCACCAUUAUCGGAACGAAAACCCAGCCACCCAUGUCGGUGGCCCACCACCCGAUGGCUUCCCAGGGUUCAACAGCGGGGUCAUGUUGAUUGACCUGGAUCGUUUACGAGAAUCCACGCUCUACAACUCGCUCCUUCAACCGGAGAUCAUUAAGAAUUUGACAGAAAAAUACAAGUUCAAAGGACAUCUUGGUGACCAGGAUUUUUACACGCUGGUUGCGUUAGAGCAUCCACAGCUGUUCUAUGUGCUUCCUUGCACCUGGAAUCGGCAGCUUUGUCAGUGGUGGCGAGACAAAGGCUACGAAAACAUUUUCGAUAACUAUUAUCAUUGUGAGGGCCACAUCAAUCUUUAUCAUGGCAACUGUGAUACAGUAAUUCCAGAGUAAGACCAGAGGCGGGUGGGUAAGGAUCUAAAUUAUGUACUUAAAA